AGCAUCAGUGACGAAUUUUGCUGAUAAUGAUUACCGACAACUUAUAUGUCAACAUAAUGGCGGGGUCAGCAUUAAGACGGUUGAUGGCAGAAUAUAAACGUGAGAAAUACAUUCUAAUCAAGAACAUAGCCACAGGAAGUCAAAGCUUUAAUUUAACUAACCUUGAAUCCACCAGAGGGAAUCAUAGCAGGCCCGAUAAAUGAAGAGAAUUUCUUCGAAUGGGAAGCCCUCAUUACGUACGUCUCAUUAAAUUCCUAAUGGCAAGAGAACUUAUACUGGAAACAAAUAUGAAAAAUCAUAUUGUUACGUUACACCAUGGAUAUUCAUCUUGAAUCCUCAUUAGAGGUCCUGAGGGUACCUGCUUUGAAGGUGGUGUCUUCCCAGCAAAGUUGAUCUUCCCACCAGACUACCCACUGAGUCCUCCGAAGAUGCAAUUUACCUGUGAGAUGUUUCAUCCUAACAUCUAUGCUGAUGGUAGAGUAUGCAUCAGCAUUCUACAUGCUCCUGGAGAUGAUCCCAUGGGAUAUGAGAGUAGUGCAGAACGCUGGAGCCCUGUACAGAGCGUCGAGAAAAUUUUACUAAGUGUGGUGAGUAUGUUGGCUGAACCCAAUGACGAGAGCGGUGCCAACGUAGACGCGGCUAAGAUGUGGCGUGAGGACCGCCCAGAAUUUGAGAGGAUUGCUCAAAAACUGGUGAGGAAGACAUUGGGGAUACCGUGCUAGAAUUUAAUUUUACUGAAUAAUCUUCUGGGACAUAUAUGUGGUAUAUUAUUAUUGUUCUUUAAUUCGUCUAUGCCUAAGUCUAUAUUGUAUGUUGGAUAAAAUUAUGAGAUAUCGAUAAGCAUUCCAAGAACUAACCGAUUCUUCAAUCUUGAUCCUGGUCAAUUUAUCUUUGCUUCUAAAGCACCUAUUAGUAAAAUAUUGUUAUUAUAGUUAGUUACUCAUAAUGUUCAAGAGGGAUUUCACAUAAUCCUCAUUUGGAAUAGUCUCAAAAAUUUUAUUUCAUUGUCAACAUUGCAGUACAAACGUUCGUUUCUUUUUUCCUCUUUAAUCAAAUACCAUGUGUAUUUGCUUAGGCUUAUAAAUUACCUUCAUAAAUGAGUGAAUAAAUGGUUAAGGAAAUGCAGAA